CUUCAUCCUACUGAUAUCGGUAGACUCACAUACUCGAUAAUGAGCUCAUAAGUACCCCUGCUUCUCAUUGGAGAUUCUUGUCCGAAUGUCCCACGAGCAAGUUUCAAGGGUGGUGAAGCCGCCAUGUCCCACUGCUCGGCGUCGCCAGAACACAAGCUGUGAUCCAUGCCGUCGCUCGAAGCGGCGAUGUGUCUUGCUGUCCCUUACCGAUGGUGGAUCAGCUUCUGUAUGUACUAAUUGCAAGCGAUUGAAACAUCACUGCACCUUUGACUUCAUCAAGUCUGUUUCUUCACGGCCGAGGAAACGCAAAGGCGCAGCAGGUGUUGGCGCACAGCUACUGCACCUUAACCAGUCGCAGGUUCUUAAUCCAAGGGAUGGGGCACUGACGAAUGGCCUUGGAGACGAUUUCGAAUUAAGUAUUGGCACUGACGAGGAAGACUUCACAUCAUGGCUAAAUUUCGAUAUGGAGCUGUCUCAGAGCACCAGCACCGAUAUAUACGACCCGUUUUCGGCCUCAUCACUGGACUCCUCAAGGACAGUAGAAGCGCUACAUGAGCCGUCUUUACCUUCUCCUUCGGUAUCUUCGCGGGCAGAUCAGCAUUCUCUACCAGCCAAACCACAGUCAAUGCUCGUGGGCAGGAGUAGGAAUAGCCCGAUACACCUUUUGAAUUCAAAACUGGAAGCGACGGUGCUCGACGAGUGUCUUGCUUCGAUCUACAAUGCCAUCGUAAGGGACUCUGCGUCGAGGUUUAUAGAUUAUGAGUGCAACCUUUCUGCAUCGGGUCGUCCCUAUUACCUAGAAAGUAGAUUUUCAGACCAGGCGGAACUUGGAGGCGCCAACAAGAACCUAUCCUCUCAGCUGUCAGCGACUCGGGAAAUUCGACACCCCAGAAUGACUAUGCUGGGCGCAGUGCGGUUUCUGGAUCAUUUUAGUCACCUCUACGGCAACAAACUAAGCACUGCAGCUCGGAAACAGUCAGACACGGUUCUGAAAGCAGUGCUUCGGGUGUUUUCCCUUCAAUGGCUGCCCACGUCGGAGGGAGUGUCACCUGUGGGGCAGCACGCAGGCCGUGAUGUUCUCACUGACACUUUCUAUGACUCCUGGAUGGAGGCACGGUCACUUAUCCAGGGUAGUUUGCCAGUCCUGUCAUUUCGGGUGGUGUGUGCCAUUCUUCUCUUCGAUGGUAUCGUCAUGCCUUCCCAAGCAUACGGCAGGCCAGACGGAACGGCUGCCAGGAUGCACGAAUUCCUCGAUACCGGGCUGCAGAAGCUGUCUCGUCUGGAUGAUCUCGUCCGGAAGUAUUGCUGUCAACUGGGGCCAGCAUCACUUUACGGGACCUUAUUACAUUCCAGUCUAGACAUCAUCCGCUGGGGAGGUUAUAUCCGGGACAUUGGGGCCGCGCUUUUUACAGAUCAUCGGUGCAAGCUCCCUGAGCUGCUUGUUCACAGGAUAGAGAAUGAUUCGACACUACCGCCGUCAAUCAACCAUAUCUACCCCAGCGAUCUCGAUGCCAGUAUCCCACGCAUCUAUCGCACUGCUGUAGCAAGAGCCUUCGCCAUCUGGCGAAUGAUGAUCAAAGUCAAGGAUCUCGUCCCACCCAACAGCACCAUUAACAUUAAACACCCACUUCCACCCACAACAUGGGAAAUCAUAGCGUCGACCAUGACCGCAGUAGACGACUACAAUUACACCCUCCGCCCUUUCAUGUCUCACUGCAUGGAGAACUACGCUCACCUCUCCACCGAGUCCAAGAUCUACGCAUUAUCCGUCCUAACCUUCUGGGACCUCGGGACCCUGAUUUUCGGCCAAACCCUAACCGCCAUCCUCCACCAACCCUCCCUCAACCACGACUCCCCUUUAUCACUGCCCAUCGCAGAAUCACAGAUCCGCGCUCUCCAAAAGACCGCCGUAAUCUCCAUCGCCCAGGCGAUAGAAUGCUCUCUCACCCACCCUGUCACCCACGACACCUUCAACCUGCAAAACGGAUUGAGCGCGGACCUCCCCCUCACCGCCUAUCAUAUCACCCCAACGCUUAUGGUUACAGCCUUGCGUCUGGCGAUCGAGAUUGGUAUUGAGCUUUGGCUUGGAGACUCAGGUUCAGGUUCAGCCUAUCAAGCCGCCAUUAUUGGUGGCGGUGGUGUUGAGGAUGAUAAUGAUGAUGAUGAUGAUGAUGAUGAUAACGUCUGGCAAAAGCGGGUGGAUGUUCUUGUCAAAGGGCUUUUGUCGUUAGAGGUGACCAUCGGCGGAUCGCAGGCAGUAGGCCCGGUGCUGGAGGGCCUACUGCGGAGGUAUGGGGAUGUGGUGUCUGAGUGUUGGAGCUGUGAGUUUUAGGAACUUGAAUUCCGAUGCCAUGAUUGUAUAAUAG